CUGAUUACCUGGCUCAGGCAUUUGAUUCUCUUUGUUUGGACUUGAAGACAGAUGAAGGAAAAUCCUUGUUUUUGAACUAUCAAGCUGUUCCAGUAAUAUUAGGUCAUCUGAGAAUAUCCAGUAAGGGCCUCUUAUCCAAUGUCAUUGAUAGUUUGCUUCAGAUGACAGUAGAAUCUAGAUCCUUGCAGCCUUUCCUGGAAGCCUGUAGCAACUCUUCAUUUUUUCGUACUUGUUCUGUGCUGCUUCGAACCCCUAAGCUUGAUCUUCAAAUCUUAGAAAAGCUCAGUAUUAUUCUACAGAAACUUUCCAAAAUCAAGAGUAAUAAGAGGCUCUUUGAACUUUUUACAAUUCAUCUGAUGCUUCAAGAAAUACAAAGGACGACACAUCCAGAGCAUGCCUUUCUCUGUAUUAACCUAAAUUCAACUCUGUUCAAUUUGGGUUUAACAAAAUGCAACUCCCUGGUCUCUAAUGCAAGCCAUUAG